CAUUAUCAUCGCCUGUGCUUUCUCUCCUGCUGGAACUGUUCCCGUGCCAUCUGCCCUGGUCCUGUCCUCAACAAAAGGCGAUACCUAUUCAGACCUUAUGCCAUUGCAUCUGGCAGAAACGAACUCGCAGCAGCGACCUCUUCGGAGGCCGCAGACCGCAUGUCCCACCUUGACGUCCUCCUCGUACAGCAUCAGCAGCAACAACAACAACAACAGCAACAGCAUCACUUAAAUGGCCACAGCGGUUUUAUUCUCGCAGUCUUCUGCAUUGUUUCCGCGUUUGUGAUAUGGCCUGUACGCAUCCCUAUCCCAACAGCACUAGGACGGUUGAUAGUGUCUUGUCUGAGGCGGACCCGCAUCAUCCCUGCUUCGUCAUAUCAUGAAUUGUCCCAUUUGCAACCACUCCAUUUUUCGCUUUCGCUCAAGACUGCACCGGUGAUUGGAGUCAUACUGUUACUGGCUACGACCACCAUCCACGGCAGCACCAUUAGACUUGGUAUCGUGGGCGACGAAACCAUCAAGCCAUACGAUGUGCUUGUCUUGUUCAUUUCGCUGGCUUACAUUUCAAUUGCGCUCGAUGGAACGGGUGCCCUGGAGGCUGUUGCACUCUGGGUUUCGAAGCGUGGAGGAAGCUCCGGUCGACUAUUGUUCACGUAUCUCUAUUCCUUUUUCCUGCUUACAGCGUGCAUUGUCGGGAAUGAUCCUUUGAUCCUCUCCGGAACUCCGUUUCUGGGAUAUCUCACCCACCACGCCAGGUUGGAGCCGGAAGCAUGGAUUUUCAGUGAAUUCAUGGCUGCCAACACGGCCUCGGCUGUACUGGUGUCUUCCAACCCUACGAAUAUCCUCAUUGCAGGAAGUUUCUCGCUGAACUUUCUGACCGGAUUCACCAAAUGGACAAUACUGCCGUCAAUAAUUCCAGCGAUCCUGACGUAUCCGAUUCUGAUGGUCAUGUUUUGGAAGAAGAUCCCCAAAACGCUGACUCCACUCACCGACAAUCCGUGGUUGAAGCUGCGCGACCGUCCUGGCGCAAUUGCAUUGAGUAUAUUGAUGUUGGUCACUGUGGCUGUGUUGGUCGGCACGAGCUUUGUCCCUGAUCAAGCAGUUGAAGUCUGGAUGGUGACGGCUCCAGCAGGUGUGCUGGCUUUCCUGUUCAACGUCGGUCGAGACUGGUGGGAUCUGAAAGAUCAGCGCCACGACCAAGUGGCAGAUACGACGGCCGGGAAUCACCUGGCUACCGACCACGGGGUCGAAUCUGCAGAAAAAGAAGCAGAAAGGAGCAGUAGUUCGGCCGACCCGGACCCCAUACCAUCGGCGGACGCAGGACCCUCGCCCUCAUUAGGGCCGCAUGAGAAACCUACUGAACAUGAACCGACUACUCUCGUGUCCUUGGUCAAGAGACUGGCGCGCCGGUUUCCGGGAACCACUCGAACAAUCCUCCGACUUCCUAUCCCGCUCCUACCAUUUGCAAUGUGCGAGUUCAUUCUCGUCCGUGGCCUACAGCAGCGAGGCUGGAUUGAAGUGUUUGCCAGGGGAUUCGCCAAUGCAUGCACCACUCCCGCAAAGGCGGUCUUCUUCAUGGGGUUUAUCAGUGCGGCGUUUCUCUGUCCCUUGGCAGGAACCAAUAUCGGCGCCACCAUCAUUCUGGUCGAGAUCAUGCGACAUCCUGCUUUUGCCCAGUCGGCUGCUGUUGUUGCUGAUCGACGGGUCUUGUUGGCCGCGAUAUACGCCGUUGCCAUGGGCAGCAAUAUCGGAGCAUUUAGUUACACGUUUGCAGGCAGUCUGGCGGGGCUGCUGUGGCGGGACCUUCUGGCUGACAAGGCUAUCAAAGUCAGCCAGCUCAAGUUCGCCCUGAUUAAUGCCCUGCCUUUGCUCAUGCAGAUCACCGUGUCGUCCGCUAUCGUCCUCGGGGAAGUUUACUGGUUUGCUUGAGCGGGAAUGAAACGGCGGGAUCAUCAUGACUGGAGUGAUUUUGUAAGCGUUCAUAGCAUGACUUUUCCAUGAUUGACUGAUGCUAUUCCGUCGGCCCGGGCUUUUAUGACAUGGGCCUUAAAACACGAGGAAUUCGUCGAGAAUUCGAUAUUCAUUCAAUGCUCUCUGUUUCCUCUUCUGCCUGUUGGACAUUGCGACGGACAAGAUCCAAGAAUUGAUGAGUUGAUCAACCUCUCGAAAUAGUAGUUCCGAAACGCUCCACUGCACGUUGUGUUUAGGGGGAGUACCUUACUGUAUCCAG